UGACAUGACAUUGACAUUUGAUUCCCUCGCGAUAUUUUGUGAAACUGUGUGGAUUUUGCAUUUUGUGAGCAUUUUCAAGAAUUUCAGGCUUAUUUUGUAAUAGUUACAAUUCAUUCAUUCCUGAAGUUCUUUGGAUACUGUAACGAUGAGGACACUUUGAUGAGGAGGUGUUUGAAAGGAGAAAGACUUCGGCGUCAGAAAGCGAAUUUGGAAGAUUCUAGGAAAAAACGAGCUGAGAUAAGAGCAAGAAUUCUAGCAUCUGAACAACAGUCGCAGUCCUAGAGCAACUAAUAACACAAAAUGUCGCUAGAUAUACUUGAAUCAGUUGACCUCAAUAGUUAUAAGACAUUCACAGACAGAUAUUUCAGUAAACGCUACAUAGUCAAUGCGGCGGGAAUAGAAAACAAUGAUAUUAUGUUAAUGUUCCACUCCAAUCGCAUAACACUUGUAAGUCUCGCCCCAUCACACUUCUUCUUCAAGAAAUCGGGAAAGUAUAAGAUCAAUUUCAGUAGUGGUAAGGUUGACCGACUGAGCAACUCCGUGAAAGGAAAAGGAAAAAAGGGAGGCCAGCAUUUAUCACCUCAGUCUGUUAUCUGUAGAGUAGAAUAUGAAGAUGGCACUGGCUUCAAUGUUCCUUGUGGAAUGAAGGGAAGUCUUAUUGAAGUGAAUGAAGUUCUAGUUGAAAAGCCCGAGUUACUUAAAGAAUAUCCAGAUUCCGAUGGUUUUAUUGCCAUCAUGCUGUCCAGUAUUGCCAACUCUGAAGCCACAAAGAAUGAGUUAUUAACACCAGAAGAGUAUGAUGAAGCUGUAAAGAAUAAUGUUAAAUGAAUAAAUAUUUUUAGCUAUA